CAAGUCUGGUCACACUCUGUUUAUAGAUAAGCAAAAUAAAAACGAAAACAAAUAGUUUAAUCUAAUUAACCAGACCACCGCUCGCAGUCAGCGGCAGUUUCAGCUUUGUCGGCAUUUCUCAGCCACCGAGGCUGGUUUACCUUUAAUACCAAAGUGCCUUUGCCAUUGGGGAAUUAGUUUCCCUAUAUUUUUAGAACUGCUCCUACGCUUCAGUUCCCAGAAUAGAUUGAUAAUCAAGCUGGUUAGAUGGUCAGGUGAAAGGUCAACUUGGAAAAUCGCUGUAAAAAUUGCAAAAUAAAAGUCAAGGUUGCGAUAUCCAGUGCAACGCAGUUCCAGUGCAUUUGUGUGUGAAAUAAAAAGAUGCCCAGCAGUGCUUAGGAGAAGCCAUUUGAAUCCCUGAAUCUUCCGAUAUCCAUUAUCCAACCACCAUGUGCUGCAAGUGUUGCGGGGCAACUCAACGCAAGAUCUGGGUCUUUGGCCUGGGAUCACUUUUUAUGGUACUCGGCAUUCUCACAGUAGUCUUCUGGCCAGGUCUGGCGGAUCAUUUGGUGGAGGAUGGCCUCACCCUGAAACCAGGCACCGAUGCCUACGACAGCUGGUUGGAGGCUCCUAUUCCCAUUUACCUGAGCUUCUACAUGUUCAAUUGGACGAAUCCUGAAGAGAUUCGCAAUCCCAAUGUCAAGCCCAACUUUGUGGAGAUGGGCCCGUACACAUUCCUGGAGAAGCACAAGAAGGAAAACUACACCUUCUAUGAAAAUGCCACAGUGGCUUACUAUGAGAGACGCACCUGGUUCUUCGAUCCGGACCGAUCCAAUGGCACAUUAGACGAUCUGGUGACAGCCGCCCAUGCUAUUACCGCCACCGUGGCGGAUGAGAUGCGACACCAGCGGAAAAUUGUCAAGAAGAUCAUCAACUUUAUGUUUAACACCGAGGGUGGAGAGCUGUAUGUUACCAAGCCGGUGGGAGAAUGGAUCUUCGAUGGCUACCAGGACAACCUCACCGACUUCCUCAACCUGUUCAACACCAGUGCGAUUGAUAUUCCCUAUAAGCGCUUCGGCUGGCUGGCAGAUCGAAAUGAAUCGUUGACCUACGACGGUCUCUUCACCAUCCACACGGGCACCGAUGACAUCUCCAACUUGGGCCGACUGACUCACUGGAAUGGCAAACCGGAAACUGGAUUCUACGAUAUGCCCUGCGGUGUAGUCAACGGCACCACCGGCGAUGUCUUCCCGCCCAAGAUGAACGUCAAUGAUGAGAUUACUAUCUUUGCCACCGACGCCUGCAGAUUCAUGAACCUGCGACCACAGGGAACGUUUGAGAAUCAUGGACUGACAGCCACGAAGUGGGUGGGCACAGACGAGACCCUGGACUCGGGUGAGAACUUCCCCAACCAGGCGUGCUUCUGUGAUCCGGAGAGGUUCGGUGACGAGUGUCCCAAAUCAGGAGUGGUGGAGUGCAAGGCGUGUCGCGACAAGGCGCCCAUCUACUCCUCGUUCCCCCAUUUCUAUUUGGCGGAUCAGUCGUACAUCGAUGCGGUGGAAGGCAUGAAGCCGGAGAAGGAGAAACACGAAUUCUUCCUAGCCGUGGAGCCAACUACGGGUGUGCCUGUUCAGGUUCAUGGUCGCAUUCAGAUAAACAUGAUGAUUGAACCGGAUGAUGAUUUUGACAUCUAUCGCGGCGUGCCAAAGGUUCUGAUGCCCAUGUUCUGGUUCGACCAGUACGCGGAGCUCUCCUCCGAACUGGCCUCCAAGGCCAAGUUGGCCAUCAACCUGUCCAGCUAUGGAGUCAUCUUUGGCUACUCCUUGGUGGGCUUUGCCAGUAUUUUCAUCAUCACAGGCGUCGUCCUGACGCUAACCAAGAAGUGGGUGUGUGAACCCCAAGAGGAUGAACAAAUGAUAAACACCAUAGACUAGGUGGAUCAUUGUUAUGAGUAGUUUUUUUAUUAAGCAAAGCCAAAGUGCCAGGACACGAGUUAACCUUCCUAGUUCAAUCGGAUAGUCGUCGCGUUAUAUAAUAUGUAAGAGAUGCAUUCGUCUUGCAUUUUGUGAUAGCCCAAAAAUAAUCCAAAAAUAAUCUUAACCCACAAAACCGUCUAUGGUACGUGCAAUAUUAACACUUCCCACGAGAUUAUAAUUGUACUAUUUUAUGUACUUUUCAAUUUUCAUUUUAUUUUUCAAAGAUAAUUUUUUUUACACAACUCAAGGACUUUUUACUUAUCGUAUACAAUUGUUGGAUGCUUUCAACGAUUUGCUUUUCUUUUCUUUUCAUUUUUUGUUUUUUUUUUAAUAUAAAUGCAUUAAUUCAAUGUUACAAUGUUUUUUUUUUUGUUGUUUGUAAAUGAAUAAAUUAAAGAGUAAAUUAUAUAUGUACGUGUAUAUAUAAUAUAUAUAUGUUUAUUUAUAUAUAUUUUUGUAUAUGUAAGAUAUAUGGCAAAAAAUUUAACAUUUUCUCAAAGAUCACAUUCCUCAAUUUAGCCAUAGACUUUUAGUCGAGAAAAAUCUACGCAAAUAUUUGUGACAUUCAUUAAAAAAAACUCGAAAUCAUUUUUGCACGCACACUCA